GCUUAGGCAGCCGGCCAGCGAGGAGGUUCGUGAUUAGAGAGGACCCCGGGGGAGGACAUCAGUAUGGGGCGGCCGGGGAUGUUCGGACUCAUCUGGGUUGCUGCUGCUGUGUUGCUGAGCCGCGGAAUCGUCCACGGAUUUCAAUGUUCGGAUUCCUACAGACCGUGUCAAAAUGGAGCCCGCUGCAAAAUGUAUUCCAAUGGAGAAGCCAUCUGCGAAUGCCCUGUGGGUUGGAUCGGAGAGCACUGCCAGUUUAAAGACCCCUGUGUCCCGACACCCUGUGUUAAUGGCGGAGCGUGCCAGAGCUCCAUCCGCGGUGACACCGUGCAGUAUGAGUGCAGCUGCCCCAAAGGUUAUAGAGGGCAAGAUUGCUCUCUCCUAGAUGCUUGCGCCACGAACCCUUGCGAAAAUGGUGCCCGCUGUACCAAUUGGAAUGGAAGUUAUAACUGUUCGUGCCCCCUUGGAUACCAGGGCCGCAGCUGCCGAGUGGAUGUAGAUGAAUGCCGGACCCCUGGUCUCUGCCAGAACGGAGGGCAGUGCCUCAAUACCCCUGGCUCUUUCCGCUGCCGCUGUGCUAGUGGCUUCACCGGGCAGUUUUGUGAAGCCAUCUACGUGCCCUGUGCCCCCUCCCAGUGCCUGAAUGGGGGCACAUGCAGGCAGACAGGGGACCUCACAUAUCAGUGUGCCUGCCUACCAGGUUUUGAAGGUCUAAACUGCGAGAUAAACGUGGAUGAUUGUCCAGCGCACAAGUGUAUGAAUGGUGGAACUUGUGUGGACGGCGUGAACACCUACAACUGCCAGUGUCCUCCAGAAUGGACGGGUCAAUUCUGUACGGAUGACGUAGAUGAGUGUCAGCUCCAGCCUAAUGCCUGCCACAAUGGUGGAACCUGCUUCAAUAUCCAAGGGGGGCACUCGUGUGUGUGCGUGAAUGGCUGGACGGGGGAGAGCUGCAGUGAGAACAUAGAUGACUGUGCCACUGCGGUGUGCUUCAACGGGGCCACCUGCCAUGACCGUGUAGCAUCGUUCUUCUGUGAAUGCCCGAUGGGAAAGACUGGUCUCUUGUGCCAUUUGGAAGAUGCCUGCGUCAGUAAUCCCUGCCACAAAGAUGCCAUUUGUGACACUAAUCCGGUCAACGGUCGGGCAAUCUGUACAUGUCCUCCGGGAUUUACAGGAGGAGCUUGUGAUCAAGAUGUGGACGAGUGCUCCAUUGGUGCUAACCCUUGUGAGCACUUUGGCCGCUGUGUGAACACCCAAGGCUCGUUCCAGUGUCAGUGUGGCCGGGGAUAUACCGGGCCCCGUUGCGAGACAGACGUGAAUGAAUGUCUGUCUACCCCUUGCCAGAAUGAUGCCACUUGUCUGGACCGUAUUGGAGAAUUCACUUGCAUCUGUAUGGCAGGAUUCAGCGGUACAUUCUGUGAAAUUAACGUCAAUGAGUGUGAGAGCAGCCCUUGUGUUAACGGAGGAGUGUGCAAGGACAUGGUUAAUGGAUUCACAUGUAGCUGCCCAACUGGCUUCACGGGCUCCAUGUGUCAGAUCGACAUAGAUGAGUGCGCCAGCACUCCCUGCAAAAACGGAGCCAAGUGUGUGGACAGACCCAACGGGUACGAGUGUCGCUGUGCUGAGGGAUUUGAGGGUCCGCUGUGCGAGCGUAACAUUAACGACUGCUCGCCCGACCCUUGUCACCACGGUAAGUGCCGCGACGGCAUCGCCAGCUUCACCUGCACGUGCGAUCCGGGAUACACGGGUUAUCGCUGCGAGAACCAAAUCAACGAAUGCCACAGCAAUCCCUGUCUCCACGGAGGGAAAUGCAUUGACCUGGUCAACAAGUACUUGUGUUACUGCCAGCCUGGGACUUCUGGUGUGAACUGUGAACACAAUUACGAUGAUUGUGCCAGCAACCCGUGUGAUUACGGUGAAUGUAAAGAUGGCAUCAACAGAUACGACUGUGUCUGCAAGCCGGGAUUCACAGGUUCUCUGUGUAACAUAGAAGUGUCUCCCUGCGCGUCCAACCCCUGCCACGCGGGGGGCACGUGCCAGGCUCUGCAGAACGGAUUCCGAUGCCUCUGUCCCGAGGGUGGCGGGCCCCGUGAUUCCUUGUGUAAUCCCACCCAGGACCGCGAUAAAGCGCUUUGCAUGGCCGGAUGUGUACACGGAGCGUGCCGCAAAGUCACAGACGGAUAUCUGUGUGAAUGUCAGCCCGGCUGGACAGGUAAAAUGUGCGAUCGACGGUCUGGCGAUGGCUGUUCCUCCAACCUCUGUCUGAAUGGAGGGACCUGCACAGAACGCUCUGGAGGGCCUGUCUGCCGCUGCCGAGAUGGAUUCCGAGGUCCCACUUGUCAAAUUAAUAUCGAUGAAUGCGGCCCUGCUCCGUGUCUCAACGGGGGACUUUGCGUGGAUGGAAUCGCAGGCUUCAGCUGUCUGUGUACUCUGCCCUAUACAGGUCAAACUUGUGAGACUUUGCUGGACCCUUGUGCCCCGGACCCCUGCCAGAACGGGGGCAUCUGCUCUCCCACCUCUGAUUACCAAGACUACACAUGCCAAUGCCAUGCUGGCUGGGAAGGUGAUUCCUGCGGCAUCGACGUGGAUGAAUGUGCCCGGAGUCCGUGCCAGAAUGGCGGUGUCUGUACCAAUAUGUUAGGCGGGUACACAUGUGCAUGCCCAGCUGGAUUUACCGGACCCAACUGUGAGACGGACAUCGACGACUGCGCCCCAAAUCCUUGUCGCAAUGGAGGAUCCUGCAACGAUGGAAUAAACACUUACUCCUGCACCUGCCUUCCCGGGUUCACCGGUUCGAGAUGCACCAACGAGAUUAACGAAUGCUUAAGUAAUCCGUGCCGCAAUGGUGCCACGUGCAUGGACUUUGUGAAUAGUUACGUGUGUACCUGCGCGCCUGGCUAUACCGGCUCCAUCUGCGAAACAAACGUACAGGACUGCACAGAAAGUUCUUGUUUCAACAGCGGCACGUGCGUGGACGGGAUCAACACGUACACGUGUCUCUGCCGCCCCGGCUUCACGGGCUCGCACUGCCAGCAUGAAGUGGACGAAUGCGCCUCGCGCCCGUGCCAGAACGGCGCUGCGUGUGUGGACCGGGUAGAAUCCUACCGCUGCAUCUGCCCGUUCGGAUACACGGGGGCACAGUGCCAGAAUUUGCUGGACCUCUGCCGACGGUCCCCCUGUCAGAAUGGCGGCCGUUGCACUCAAGUAGGUCCUACUUUCCGGUGCGAGUGCCCCGCGGGAUGGACUGGGAGCUACUGCGAUGUCCCGCGCGUGUCCUGUGAGGUGGCAGCUGCCAGGAGGGGUGUACGCGCGGAGCAGCUCUGCCUCUCGGGAGGCACCUGCAUGAAUACCGGCAGCUCUCACAAAUGUUUCUGCAGAGGAGGCUACACGGGCAGCUACUGCGAGACCCAGAUCAACCAAUGUGACCCAGAUCCCUGUCACAACGGAGGGACUUGUCGAAGUUUUCUGGGUGGAUACGUAUGUGAGUGCCCAGCGGGAUAUGAGGGGAAAAAUUGUGAAUAUGACAUUGAUGAAUGCCAAUCCCACCCGUGUCAAAAUGGAGGCUCUUGCAUUGACCUGAUUGGCCGUUAUAUCUGCUCCUGUCCCCCAGGAACACUUGGCGUGCUGUGUGAAAUUAACGAAGAUGACUGCUCCAUGCUGACCAGCCCUGGCCCCCCCAAAUGUUUGAAUAAUGGAACAUGCGUGGACAAAGUCGGAGGCUACCGCUGCAACUGCCCCCCCGGUUAUACAGGCGAGAGGUGCGAGGGGGACAUCAACGAGUGUUUAUCUGGACCCUGCCAUCCACACAACACCCGGGACUGCGUCCCUCUGGCCAACGACUAUCAGUGCAUAUGCCGGAACGGCUAUACCGGCCGCCACUGUCAGAGCGUGGUGAAUACAUGUGAAUCCAGGCCUUGCAAAAAUGGAGGCGUCUGCCGUGUGACUGUGAACACGGCUCUUGGAUACACCUGCCGUUGUCCCAGUGGCUACGCAGGACCCUCAUGUGAACGUUCCCUCCUAUCUUGUAGAGAACUUGCCUGCCCUCCUGGCUCCACUUGCCUUCCUCCCCCAUCGGGUCCCCGCUGCAUCUGUCCUCCAGGAGCCGUCUGUCCCGUUUCUCCCAAUGCCACCUUCCCUCCACUUAUUGCACGCUCCCCACCCUCGGACACUUGCUCAACGUCCCCUUGCCGUAACGGGGGAACAUGCCAUCCUUCGUCCCAUUUCCCCUACUUCACCUGCCAGUGUCCACCGCACAUGAGAGGAACACGUUGUGACUUUUCUGUACGUAGCCCACUACCUCCACCGACUCCAGCACAAGAAUGUACCAUCCCACAGUGCCUUGGGAAGGCGGGAGAUGGCCUCUGCGACCGGGAGUGCAACGUGGCUGCGUGCCGAUGGGAUGGCUGGGACUGCACCCUGCAAAUAGACGAUCCGUGGAAGCGAUGCCCAAAUCAACACUGCCGGAGCCUCUUCAACAACUCAAAGUGCGACAAGGAUUGUGUCUCGGCCGAGUGUCUGUAUGAUAACUUCGACUGCCGGGGGAAGGACGUUUGCAACCCUCUAUAUGAGGAGUACUGCAUGGCCCAUUAUGGCGAUGGCCGUUGUGACCAGGGAUGCAACAAGGAAGAAUGCGGAUGGGAUGGUCUGGACUGUGCCGGAGGUACUGAAGGCGAGGUCCUGGCGAGUGGAGUGCUGGUCAUAGUGGUCUUACUCCCACCCGAGGAGCUGCUGAAACAGAGCACCGCUUUUCUGCAGAGGCUGAGCGCCAUUUUGCGCACGGCGCUAAGGAUCUGCACUGACAGUGACGGGAAAUACAUGAUUUACCCCUAUCGGAGGGAUCAGAUGGCUGAGCGGCGGGGGAAGAGGGAGCUGGACAGCGAUAUCAUUGGAUCCACCGUAAACCUAGAAAUUGAUAACAGACUAUGUGUCAAGGAAAUGGGGGAGUGCUUUCCGGACACGGAGAGCGCGGCGGACUAUCUGGCGGCUUUGAACGGCCUAGAGAAGCUGAACUUCCCCUACCCGCUGAAAUCUGUACGAGGUGAGAAGCUGGAUGCGCCAGAGCCCAUAAGCCCCCUUCGUCUCCUGCCCUUGGUUGGCGUAGCUGGGCUGCUGGUUCUGGUAGUGGGGGUACUUGGAGUUCUGGUGUCUCGUAGGAAGAGAGCACACAGCACCUUGUGGUUCCCAGAGGGCUUUAUUCUGAAGAAGGAGAGAGACCGUAGGGAGCCGGUGGGACAAGAUGCUCUGGGACUCAAGAACAUCGCAAAAGCUGAACGUCUCAUGGAAGACCCGUCAGAAGAUUGGACGGAGACUGAAUGUCCGGAGACAAAGAGACUGAAGACCGAGGACCUUUCCCCUUGUCGACAGGAUUCGGUGGACCCCCGUCCCUGGACUCAACACCACUUGGCAGCUGCUGAUAUCAGGCUGCCUCCGGCCACGGCUCUGACGCCCCCACAGGGUGACUACGAGAGCGAUGGCAUGGAUGUCAACGUGAGAGGGCCAGAUGGCUUCACCCCUCUUAUGUUGGCCUCCUUUUUGGGAGGAGGACUUGAGCCAGAGUCACAGGAAGAUGAAGAGGAAGGUGAAGUCUCUGCCAUUACUGACCUGAUCUGCCAAGGGGCAUCACUCGGGGCACAGACUGACCGUACCGGAGAAACGGCUCUGCACCUCGCAGCUCGAUACGCCCGAGCAGACGCCGCCAAGAGAUUGCUGGAUGCUGGCGCUGACCCCAACGCGCAGGACCAUACAGGUCGAACGCCGCUUCAUGCGGCUGUGGCCUCCGAUGCCCAAGGUGUCUUCCAGAUCCUGAUUAGAAAUCGGUCCACAGAUCUUGAUGCCCGAAUGGGUGAUGGGUCAACCGCUCUGAUUUUAGCUGCCCGCUUGGCUGUAGAGGGUAUGGUGGAGGAGCUGAUCGCAUGCCACGCCGAUGUGAAUGCUGUGGAUGAACUCGGUAAAUCGGCUUUGCACUGGGCGGCUGCUGUCAAUAACAUAGAGGCUACUGUGGCUUUGCUGAAGAAUGGAGCAAACAAAGACAUGCAAGAUGGCAAGGACGAAACACCAUUGUUCUUGGCCGCUCGUGAAGGAAGUUACGAAGCUGCGAAGGUCCUCCUCGACCAUUACGCAAACCGCGAGAUCACUGACCAUAUGGAUCGGCUUCCUCGAGACAUAGCUCAAGAAAGGCUUCACCACGACAUUGUCCAGCUACUGGAGGAGCACAACACAGUUCGAGGCUCCCAAGGCCCUCUUGGACACACUAUGUCACCGCUACUCUGCCCUCCAAAUGGCUACAUGGGUAACAUCAAGCAGACUCCCCAGGGCAAGAAAAGCCGCAGAGCUGGUGCCAAAGCUGGCGGAGCCAGUCUGAAUCGGGCAGAGGCCAAGGAUGCAAAAAGUAGAGGCAAGAAGCUGUCCUUGGACUGUCCUCAGGGAAAUGGAGGCUUGCUGGAGAGUUCGGUCACCCUAUCACCUGUCGACUCCCUCGAUUCACCCCGCGCGUACAAUGCCAACCCUGGCUCUCCAGCAAUGGCUGCCCCUGGUACUUACCACCUUGGCUCUCUUUCAGUGCCCUCAACUCCCCUUGUAAAUGGGCUUAUGGAGGGGCCUUUUGCGGUAUCCCUGGCUCGUCUUAAUGAGAUUGGGGAGUCCCAAGGCAAUGCCCUUCUGGCGCUUCAAGGAAGAGUUCCCCUGCAGCGGGCACCCAGCUGUGUUGUGAAUGGGCUGAAUCUGGGCAUGGUGAACCCCAACGCACCCUUCGCCUGGCAAAACCAGCUGGCACCUUCGCAUUCCUCGCGCAAUGUAAUGGCGGGAGCUCCUCCGGUGGGCUCCGUCCCCAACUUACAUCAGCUGCAUGCCCAGCAAGUGCUCAUGCUGCAGAAUCAGAUGGCUAUGCAGAGCCCCGUGAAGAUGGCCAUGGAGCAGCAAUGCCAGAUGGGCUCAGUGGCCCCCAACGUCGCUCACCUGAGGCAGCAAAGCAUGCCACACGUUUCAGAGCGGUCGACUCAGUCCCUGACCCCGCCAGAGGGCAAUUACUUCAAACAGCAGGUUGUGCAAAGCGAGGGUGCCAUCCAGACCCCCCCAGCUGUUCCUGCUCCUCCUCAGCAGACCUUUGCACCUUCUCAAGAGGACACUCCUAAACACUACCUGCACGUUCCCAGCGAGCAUCCCUAUCUGACGCCCUCUCCGGAAUCCCCCGAGCAGUGGUCCAGCCCAUCCCCCCACUCUGUGUCGGAGUGGUCCGACGCCACCCCUAGCCCAGUGGUGGUUGUGGGUGCGCAUGGCCAGACGGCCCAUUUACCCGAACAGGCCAACAAUAUGCAGGUGUUUGCCUGAGCUGCUUUUGUGACUAAAUAGCCCACAUUCCUCUUUUACCAUGCCUAAUACUUAUGCAUUCCAUCCGCCCCUUCCCUUCCGUUUCUCUUUAUUCUCUCUUUCAUUUAUAUUCCCCCUUUUUCUAUAGUGUUUUAUCUUCCCUUAAAAAAAAAACAAAAAACCUAAGCAACAGCACAAUAUAUGAAGUCUCAAACCAUUAUAAGAAUGUUUUAUGACGGGACCAUGAAGAAAACAAUUAUCUACAUCUGGGCCAACUUUUUUUUUUUUUUUAAUUUUUAUUUUAAAAGACUUUUUAAUGACUUGCCAUGUUUCAGAAGAAACAGAAUUGAGAAAUACAUGUACUUUUACCACAAAUUAAUAUUGUAUUAUUUACUAAGAAGAAUGUUACAAUUGAAGGGGAUGGAUUUCUUCCUUUU